AUGGGCGCGGCAGCCGUGCGCUGGCACUUGUGCGUGCUGCUCGCGCUGGGUGCGCGCGGGCGGCUGGCGGGGGGCAGCGGGCUCCCAGGGGCAGUUGACGUGGACGAGUGCUCCGAGGGCACAGAUGACUGCCACAUCGACGCCAUCUGUCAGAACACGCCUAAGUCCUACAAAUGCCUCUGCAAGCCAGGCUACAAGGGGGAAGGGAGGCAGUGUGAAGACAUUGACGAGUGUGAGAAUGACUACUACAACGGGGGCUGUGUCCACGAGUGCAUCAACAUCCCAGGGAACUACAGGUGCACCUGCUUUGAUGGCUUCAUGCUGGCACAUGAUGGACACAACUGCCUGGAUGUGGAUGAGUGUCAGGACAACAAUGGUGGCUGCCAGCAAAUCUGUGUCAAUGCCAUGGGCAGCUACGAGUGUCAGUGCCACAGUGGCUUCUUCCUCAGUGACAACCAGCACACCUGCAUCCACCGCUCCAACGAGGGUAUGAACUGCAUGAACAAAGACCAUGGCUGUGCCCACAUCUGCCGGGAGACGCCCAAAGGUGGGGUGGCCUGCGACUGCAGGCCCGGCUUUGACCUUGCCCAAAACCAGAAGGACUGCACACUAACCUGUAACUAUGGAAACGGAGGCUGCCAGCACAGCUGCGAGGACACGGACACGGGCCCCAUGUGUGGCUGCCACCAGAAGUAUGCCCUCCACUCAGACGGUCGGACGUGCAUCGAGAAGGAUGAGGCUGCAAUUGAGCGCUCUCAGUUCAAUGCCACGUCAGUAGCUGAUGUGGACAAGCGGGUGAAACGGCGGCUACUCAUGGAGACGUGUGCAGUAAAUAAUGGAGGCUGCGACCGGACAUGCAAGGACACAGCCACUGGCGUGCGAUGUAGCUGCCCAGUUGGAUUCACGCUGCAGCCGGAUGGGAAGACAUGCAAAGACAUCAACGAGUGCCUGGUCAACAACGGAGGCUGCGACCACUUCUGCCGCAACACCGUGGGCAGCUUCGAGUGCGGCUGCCGGAAGGGCUACAAGCUGCUGACGGACGAGCGGACGUGCCAAGACAUCGACGAGUGCUCCUUCGAGCGGACCUGCGACCACAUCUGCAUCAACUCCCCCGGCAGCUUCCAGUGCCUGUGUCACCGUGGCUACACACUCUACGGGACAACCCACUGCGGAGAUGUGGAUGAGUGCAGCAUGAACAACGGGAGCUGUGACCAGGGCUGCGUCAACACCAAGGGCAGCUACGAGUGCAUCUGCCCCCCAGGGAGGCGGCUCCACUGGAACAGGAAGGACUGUGUGGAGACGGGCAAGUGCCUUUCUCGGGCCAAGUCCUCACCCCAGGCCCAGCUAUCCUGCAGCAAGGUGGGCGGUGUGGAGAGCUGCUUCCUUUCCUGCCCGGGCCACACGCUCUUCAUGCCAGACUCGGAAAACAGCUACAUCCUGAGCUGCGGUGUUCCAGGCCUUCAGGACAGGACGCUACAGAAGCGCAACGGCACCAGCUCUGGCCCCGGGCCCAGCUGCUCAGAUGCCCCUGCCACUACAAUCAAGCAGAAGGCCCGCUUCAAGAUCAGAGAUGCCAAAUGCCACCUCUGGCCCCAUAGCCGCGAGCGAACAAAGGAGACCCCAAGGCAGCCGCUGCUGGACAACUGUCACGUGACUUUCGUGACCCUCAAGUGUGACUCCUCUAAGAAGAAGCGCCGUGGCCGCAAGUCCCCUUCCAAAGAGGUGUCCCACAUCACAGCAGAAUUUGAGGUUGAGACAAAGAUGGAAGAGGCCUCAGACACCUGCGAAGCAGACUGCAUGCGGAAGCGGGCGGAGCAGAGCUUGCAGGCUGCCAUCAAGACCCUGCGGAAGUCCAUUGGCCGGCAGCAGUUCUAUGUCCAGGUCUCAGGCACUGAGUACGAGGUAGCCCAGCGGCCAGCCAAGGCCCUGGAGGGGCCGGGGACGUGCAGCACAGGCCAGGUGCUUCAGGACAACAAGUGCGGGGCCUGCGGGCCUGGCACCUACUUCAGUGGCGAGCUCAGCCAGUGUGUGCUGUGCGUGCCGGGGACCUACCAGGAUUUGGAAGGCCAGCUCAGUUGCACACCGUGCCCCAGCAGCGACGGGCUUGGUCUGGCAGGUGCCCGCAACGUAUCUGAAUGUGGAGGCCAGUGCUCUCCAGGCUUCUUCUCAGUCGAUGGCUUCAAGCCCUGCCAGGCCUGCCCUGCGGGCACGUACCAGCCCGAGCCCGGGCGCACCGGCUGCUUCCCCUGCGGAGGGGGGCUGCUCACCAAGCACGAGGGCACUGCCUCCUUCCAGGACUGUGAGGCCAAAGUGCACUGCUCCCCUGGCCACCACUACAACACGUCCACCCACCGGUGUAUCCGCUGCCCUGUCGGCACCUACCAGCCUGAGUUUGGCCAGAACCACUGCAUCACCUGUCCAGGCAACACUAGCACUGACUUCGACGGCUCUACCAACGUCACACACUGCAAAAACCAGCACUGCGGUGGUGAGCUUGGUGACUACACAGGCUACAUCGAGUCCCCCAACUACCCCGGCGACUACCCAGCCAAUGCCGAGUGCGUGUGGCACAUUGCGCCCCCACCCAAGCGCAGGAUCCUCAUAGUGGUCCCCGAGAUCUUCCUGCCCAUCGAGGAUGAGUGCGGCGAUGUCCUGGUCAUGAGGAAGAGUGCCUCGCCCACAUCUAUCACCACCUACGAGACCUGCCAGACCUACGAGAGGCCCAUUGCCUUCACCUCCCGCUCCCGGAAGCUCUGGAUCCAGUUCAAAUCCAACGAAGGCAACAGUGGCAAAGGGUUCCAAGUGCCCUACGUCACCUACGAUGAGGACUACCAGCAGCUCAUAGAGGACAUCGUGCGCGACGGGCGGCUGUACGCCUCGGAGAAUCACCAGGAGAUCUUGAAAGACAAGAAGCUGAUCAAGGCCCUCUUCGACGUGUUGGCUCAUCCCCAGAACUACUUCAAGUACACAGCCCAGGAGUCCAAGGAGAUGUUCCCAAGGUCCUUCAUCAAACUGCUGCGCUCCAAAGUGUCCCGAUUCCUGCGGCCCUACAAAUAACGCUCGGGAGCUGCCCUGCUUGGGGGCGGCCGGGUCUCCCGCAGGGGAGGGGAAGAGUUCCUUCCCUCCACAGCAGAAGCUGCAAGGUGGCGUCACAGGCCUCCACGUAGCCUUGGGAAAUCCGUGGCUUGUGCCCUUCAGGAAAGACCACCAGCCGGUGGGGGGCUGCGACCGAGCCCAGGCACCCCUCGGACCCACCGCCCCAGCGGGGAAGCAUUGCUUCAGAAAGCCUCCCUCCCUUCCUGCCUCUGCCUCUUCAUUUCCCAGGACGCAGAGAGCGCUCCCUCCUGAGCCAGCUCUGGCAGGACGCUGCCCAGCUGGGACGCCCGUGCCCACCACGCGGGGGGCAGGAUUGCACGCGCCGUCCACCUGGCGCUGCAGGAGAGAGAGGAGCGUGGCCGACACUUUCCCAUGGAGGCUCCCGGAGGCUCAGCCGUGGUAAUCGCGACGGGAAGCAGGCAUGGAAGGAGGGGUGUGUGAAGGCACCAUCUGGGGGGUUGAUGAGCCUGUGUCGUCGAUGCCCAGAUGCCCAGGGGCCUCCACACCUUGGCGACUCCUCCAGUCACAAGCGAGGACACCGCGGUGCCUUGCUGUUGGGCUCUAAGGAUUCUGUGAUGGGACGGAACAGAGCUGCUAGGGGAGGAAACUGUAGGUUUGUGCUUUCCCUUCCUAGAACA